GUCCCAUUAUGUUAUCGUUCCGCUGCGGAAACUAGAACGUAGCUGAUAAAUCUGGGUCAAAAAACUUAAAUAUUUCAAAGGGAGAACACUAGCAAUGGCUCCAUUAUGUUUAAUAAAAAGAAAAUUCGAAGCGAACCAUGUAUAAAUGUUAAAAAUGCUUAGAUAAGCACGUAAGUGGUAAACUCGGGUUACUGUCUGACUCUGAAUGAAACUAUCAAAGAUGUCCCACGAGCGAGAAAAGGGUCAACGCUGGGACUGGGACAGUCCUCAGUGUCGAGCACAACUAGAUGAGGUCUUUUUCCGCCCGCAUGACUACAUCCAGACUGGCAGUACUGAACACAGGGAGUUCUGGACCUUCUUUGAACGCUUCCAAAGGUUUAAAGCCAAAAGAGACAUGUCGGGGUCCAAAUCCAGCCGGCAGGAAUCACACGAGAAAAAAUCAAGUAAGAAGUCUGCAUCUGUGGAUCUUGGGCUCCCAAAGGAAUAUGAUGCCAGAUACAGGAUCAACAUUUCAGUGUGCUCCAAAGACGUGGAGGAGCGUCUGGGAAGAUCGGAUCACAAAAGGCGCAGAGAGACCUCAGGUCCUGGCAGCCAAGAGAUCACAGACUGCCGUCUUGCCCUCCUUCACUUCCUAGAUUUCAACCAGAAGCAGAGUUUCAUUAAGCUGGCCAAGUUAAGAAGGGAACAGAAGAGUCUGCCCAUCUUCCAGUACCGGGAUAGGAUUGUGGAGCUGGUGAGGACUCAUCCUGUGGUUGUGGUGGCUGGAGACACAGGGUGUGGAAAGUCCACACAGGUACCGCAGUAUCUGAUGGCAUCAGGGUUCAGCCACAUAGCCUGUACUCAACCACGCCGCAUUGCUUGCAUCUCGCUGGCAAAGAGGGUCAGCUUUGAGAGCCUCAACCAGUACGGCUCCAAGGUCGGGUACCAGAUCCGCUUUGAGGCCAGUCGUACUCCUUCUACCAAACUCUUGUUCCUGACCGAGGGUCUGCUGCUCAGACAGAUACAGCAUGAUGCUUCGCUGGGUCAGUAUCAGGUGAUAAUCGUGGAUGAGGUGCAUGAGCGACACCUGCACUGUGACUUCCUGCUGGGAGUUCUGCGUUCACUGCUGCCUCUGCGUGCAGAUCUGAGGCUGGUUCUCAUGUCCGCUACCAUCAACAUUAAACUCUUCUCCAACUACUUUAACAAUGCACCUGUACUGCAGGUGCCAGGUAGACUCUUCCCCAUUCAGGUGAUAUACCAGCCUAUUCCUCCAGAAGAGCAGGUGUCCCGCUCGGAGAAACUGGACCCUCGACCGUACCUGCGUGUGCUGCAGGGUAUUGAUCAGCGCUAUCCGCCGGAGGAGCGAGGUGACCUGCUGCUCUUCCUCAGUGGAGUGGCUGAGAUCUCCACCAUUCAGGAGGCCUGUCAGACUUACGCCACACACACCCAGCGCUGGAUUGUCCUUCCUCUUCACAGCACGCUCUCACUGGCACAACAGGAUAAGGUUUUUGACAUCGCACCUGCAGGUGUCAGAAAAUGCAUCAUUUCUACCAACAUUGCAGAGACUUCAGUCACCAUUGAUGGAGUGCGCUUUGUGGUGGAUUCAGGUAAAGUAAAAGAGAUGAGUUUUGACCCAAAGGCUAAGAUGCAAAGGCUCCAGGAGUUCUGGAUCAGCCGGGCCAGUUCAGAACAGCGUAAAGGACGUGCGGGCAGAACCGGGCCGGGUGUCUGUUACAGACUUUACGCUGAGUCUGAUUAUGACGCCUUCGCUCCGUAUCCUGUUCCUGAGAUCCACAGGGUGGCGCUGGACUCCCUCGUACUGCAGAUGAAGAGCAUGGGUUUGGGAGACCCUCGCUCUUUCGUCUUCAUAGACCCUCCACCUGCGUCCAGUAUUCAGACCGCAGUGACGUAUUUGAGAGAACAGGGGGCGCUAGACGAGCAUGGAGAACUCACCUCUAUUGGCAGGCUGCUGGCUCAACUGCCUGUGGAUGUGGUCAUUGGAAAAAUGUUGGUUCUGGGUUCCAUCUUUAAACUGGUGGAGCCGGUGCUGACGGUUGCCGCCGCAUUGAGCGUUCAGUCUCCAUUUUUACGGAGUGCUCAACACAACCCCGACUGCUCCACCGCCCGCCAGCCCCUGCAGAGUAACCAGGGAGACCCUUUUACCCUUCUGAACACCUUUAAUGCUUGGGUGCAGGUGAAGAAAGAUCGAGGAAGUGGCUCCAGGAAGUGGUGCAGAAGAAGAGGACUCGAGGAACAGAGGCUGUAUGAGAUGGUCAACCUGAGACGGCAAUUUAAAGAACUGUUGCGAAGUCACGGUUUGCUGGAGGAUGAUACGGGCGGCAGGUCGCAACCGCAGGACCGAGCUCAGCGCAGGAAGAGACUGACCGAGAGACAGAAACUACACCAACUUAAACGAGACCACGAGCUACAGGAAAACACCAAGAGGAAAGUUCUCCGUCUGGAAGAGGGACUGGAGGGAGAUGGCUCGCCUGGGUCAGAUGAUGAGGGAACGGCAUCAAACAGGAAGAGGAAAGAUGAACAGACAGUGGACAUACAGGAAGUGAAGUUCAAAUUGCGUCACAAUGUAAACGAGCUCCAGGACGCUGCGCACGCCAGUGCAGAUCUAUCAUCACGGCAGCAGUCUCUGCUCAAACUGGUGCUGUGCCGUGGACUCUACCCACAGCUGGCCAUGCCGGAUGAACAUAACGCGACACGCAAAGACUCUGAACAGGUGUUCCACACACGUAACAAGCAAGGGGUUGUGAUUCACCCAACCAGUGUGUUCGCCAGCGACCCUGAAGUUCUUCACGUCCCUGAGCAGGAGUGCAGCGAGUUUGGUGCUGAUAAAGGGCAGAGCAAUAGGCACCAAUUGCUGGCUUUUGUUACUUUACUGGAAACCAACAAGCCUUAUGUGUCAAACUGUGUUCGUGUUCCAGCCCUGCAGGCCCUGGUAUUGGUCGCUAACUCUGUGGACACUAAUGCAGACUGCACACGGGUGGUGGUGGAUGGCUGGUUGGAGUUGGGCUUGACAGAUGGAAAUACGGCCCUUAAAGUUCUCUCAUCUGCCCUCACUCUGCGGGGGGAAUGGGAGCGACUGCUUCAGGCCCAGCUCGGCCAGGCCGGCUCAGGUUCCACCGCCGGGCUUGGACUGGGUGGACCCAAACCGUCCCGUAGGGACCUAGAGAAGCUCUGCGAAGGUCUUGUGCGAUUUCUUCUCUAUACUGAGGUGAGUUACAGUCUGAGGCGACUGACGGCACUCCAAUCUCAGAACCUGUACGUCGGACCCCAGCAGGAUAGCGAACUCUCCUCCGCUUCAGUGCUCGGCUCUCUGUUUCCCGGCACGAAGGCGGAGCCGGAUCCCAUUAAAGGAGGCCUGCGUGUCAGCCACUUCUUCACCUACAACUGUCUGUGUGACUCUAAGGACCUGUAUAGUGAAUGUCUGCGUACUUUUUGGAGCUGUCCUCACUGUGACUUUUACAUGCCCCUGACACCGUUGGAGCGCAUGCAGCAUGAGGCCACCUGCAGGCCGGCAGAGGAACAGCAGCCUGAGGAUGAAGCUGAAAGUGCAAAGCCGUCUGCAUCGUCUUCAUCUCAUCUCACCAGAGUUUAUCACUGUGAUAUCUGUAAUAAAGACCUGAGCCUCACCUCAACAGAGAUCCUGAAGCACAAACGCCAGCACCUGUCCUGAGAUCCGGACUCAGCCUUUAUCUUUAUAUGAGCUGCAAUUGAGAGCCUUCUAGGUCUGGUGUUUAACAUGAUGCUGAAAGGUCUUGUUGUUUUUAUAUGGUUACAUUUUGUUAAUGUGUUUGAUUUAUAAAAAGGUAGAUUUCACAUUCUCAUUGCUUGUGGUUGAGAUGGUCCUGAUGUUGCAUUGCUGGUGCGCCCUCUUGUGGACAGUAAAGAUGGUGUCUGGUCAAAUUGGCUCAAUUUACUGGUUAUUUAGAUUAGGGGUUUUCAAACUAUGAGGCAAUGACCCCCUAAUAUGAUGAACAUUAUGGGAGGGACCCCAUCCUAAAAUAUAUAUCCUACAUUUUUUCUAUAAAAACAUUUAAAUUGUAUUUGAUAAAUAGUAAUUUUGAUAUUAUAAAGAUACUGUUUCCAAAUAAUUUACUAUGUAGUAGAUCUUUGCUUUGUCUUUUUCCCAUUAGAACCUUUUGGAGUCUCCAGAGACCCCAGUUUGAAAACCCCUAAUUUAACCUUCUUAUUAUUGUAAUGCAAAAUUAUGUAAAUUUCAAUAUAAAAAUAGACUAAUUUGCAAUACAAUAAUGAGAAUUUGGAGUGCACAGUGUAUGCAAAAUGCACUUCCUGUUGAUUUUAAGGUAAAAUAUGACCAAGGCAUUUGACUUAUAACGUGUCACUAUAACAUGAUAUUUAAAUGAUCCCCAAUGCAUAGUUGCAGUGUUGUACUUAUGCCACUAUAGUGGCUUUGUGCAAGUCCCAAACAGUGUUUCUCUUACGUCGGAGGCAUUUCAGAAAGCGUCGUGCUGUGCAUAAACAUGUAAACACGAUUCAGAGUGCAAGUUUUUCAUUAAAAUAUAGAGUUAGGGUUUAAUUAAUGAUACAAACCCACGAUAUGUAACACCUCAAAGCAGCAAAUUGGCACAAAGUCAGAGAAGUUAGACAGCACAGAAAAUAAAAACCCGUCUCCAAAAAUAAAUAAAGAAUUAGAAUAAAUAUCUCAAUAAAUAUAUAAACAGGUAAUAUUUUCCAUUGAUUACUUUUUCAAACUAAUAGAUACAUACAUAUUAAAAU